AGUGCGCGACGACGUCAGAAGUUUGUUAGGGCUGUUCUCAGACGAAAAUACGAUGACAAAAAGUUUAAAACAGGCUUUAAAAAGCCACUUUGGGUUCGAUAAUUUCAGGUCUAAAAUACAAGAAGAUGUCAUUAAAGCUGUCAUUAGAGGUGACAGGGAUGUGUUUGUGUGCAUGCCCACUGGAGCAGGAAAGUCUCUCUGUUAUCAGCUGCCUGCAGUGCUGGCUGAGGGGAUUACUCUGGUUAUCUCCCCGCUCAUUGCUCUGAUUCAGGACCAAGUGGACCACCUGAGAGAUCUGAACAUCCCUGCCUGCUCCAUCAACUCCAAGCUCCCAGCAGCUGAGCGCCGUUUGAUCCUGACCGACCUGCAGAGCAGCAGCCCGAAGCUGAAGCUGCUCUACAUUACUCCAGAGAUGGUGGCAUCCCCCUCGUUCCAGCCCUGCCUGACAGGCUUGUGCUCCCGCGGCCUGCUGUGCUACCUGGCAGUGGACGAGGCUCACUGCGUCUCUCAGUGGGGCCAUGAUUUUAGGCCGGACUACCUCAAACUGGGCGAACUGCGUGAUCGUUUGCCAGAGGUUCCUUGUUUGGCCCUGACAGCGACAGCACCCAAUAAUGUACAAGAGGAUAUUGUUAAGUCCCUGAGGCUGCGUGUGCCACUGUCUUUUGUUACACCUGUUUUUCGCAGUAACUUGCACUAUGAUGUGAUCUUCAGGGAGCUGCUGCCAAACCCCUACGUCCACCUCCAUGACUUCAUUAAGAAAGCACUGGCAAUGGGCAGCGGGUCUAACGGGCAGGGUUGUGGGAUUGUGUACUGUCGGACCAGGGAAGGCUGUGAAACUGUGGCUUACCAGCUGACCAAACUUGGAGUCUUGGCCAAACCUUAUCAUGCAGGUCUGAAGGCAGGAGAUCGCACAGAGGUCCAGAGUGAGUGGAUGCAGGGGAAGGUGCUGGUCAUUGUAGCGACCAUUAGCUUUGGUAUGGGUGUAGACAAGGCCAAUGUCAGGUUUGUAGCUCACUGGAACCUCGCGAAGUCCCUGGCCAGUUACUACCAAGAAUCUGGACGAGCAGGGAGAGAUGGCCUGCCCUCCUCCUGUCGCACAUACUACUCUCCGAAAGAUAAGGAGCAGAUUAAAUUCCUCAUUGGCCAGGAGAUCGCCCGCAGACAGCAAAAACGUGGCUAUGAAAAGGAGACAGACAAAGCAGCCGUGACAGACUUUGAAGCCAUGGUGUUUUUCUGUGAGCAAGAAGGUUGUCGUCAUGCCAUCAUCUCCAAGUUCUUUGGGGACAAGAUGCCAAACUGUGCCGGUGCCUGCGACUACUGUCAUAACCCUAAAGCUGUACGAGCCCAGCUGGAGAGAGCAGCUGCCCUCAGCACCAAGACAGAAGCGGCUCAGAGCAAAGAGCCCAAAGGACCUUUCGGUUUCCAGCCCGACCUUUACGGAGGAGGAAAGAAGGGCUAUGGCUUUGAGAGGUAUGAUGAAGGGGAAGGUUAUACUAGUGAAGAAGAUACCACAAAAAGGAAAAAGGAGUUUUCUGACUUCUUCAAGAAGCAGAUGAACCUGCGGAAGGGAACUGAUGGUGAGAAGGCAGAGUUUGUUCCCCCAGAUGCUGCCUGCCCACUGAGAGAGGCCAGCAGUCAGAGGAUCCCCAGGCUCACUGUAAAGGCCAGAGAGCACUGUCUGUGCCUCUUGCAGGAGGCAUUGCAGAGCCACCAGGGGGCAGAAGAUGUAUUCAACUGUGAGGCGCUGUCCUUGGCGGUGGAUAUUGAACAUGAGGUGUUCAAGAACAGCAAGUCCUCCAACUUGUACAAAGCUGCUGUUUUAAAGAAGGUAUCAGACAUGAAGAAAACGGCACCUGCUUCAGUUGUAGGAGAAAAAGCAGAAGGCAGUGAGACUAGUAGCAGCGACACCAGAGAAACUGAAUCAAAACUCAAAGGGGAAACAUUCUCUUCUUCUUCCUUUCCCGAGGAGCUGCAGGGGUUCACAUCUGCAUCUGAGCUAUACUCUCUAAAGCGUAAGAGAGUAGGGGCUGGUCAGAGGGGGUCAUCCAACCCCUUCCUGACUGCCAGUGAUGUGCUGAAGUCCUCCAUGUUGGCCACCGCUUCUAACAAAGGGACAGAGAAUGGUGGGUUUUACGAUGACAGUGCAGGAGGCUCAGGAGAGGUGGAGAAGGAGAGAAGAAGAGAGACAGACGCAUCUCCAGCUGUAACAUCAUCCAUCAGAGCAAGAGCAAACGCUGCCGCUGCCUGUCUGAACAGCCCGACAAAAGGAAGCAGAGCCAUAAGCAAGAAGCAGCAGAAGCUGGCGGAAGCUGCAAAGAGUUCCCACAACAUUUCCCACUACUUUGCAAAGAAACAACCAGGAGGAGAGAAAAGCCAGGAGGAGGAGGAGGCGGAGACACUGAAGAAAGCUGAUGCUACGUUAUCUCAUAAAGCUGCAGAGAGGAGCCCUGUGGAAUCAGACACUCGGCAUGUGAUCCAAGAAGAAAGUGAAAAAGAAGUAAUAGUUAUACCUGAUGAUGAUGACGACAAGGAAAUGGCGGAGAUCGUCUUGGUUCAAGAUGCUUUUAAAGAGGCUAUGCCAGUAGCCACAGAACAAAACAAGCCAGAGGAAGAAGCCAAAGCACCUCUAACAGAAGCAUUGUCAGAAGCUAUGAAAGCCAACAGAGAGUCGCCUCCUCCGGCCAAGCGCAGCCGCCUUGCAGACAGCAGCAGCAGCAGAAGAGUCACCUUCAACACUAACAUACAGGAGAGGGCUCUGCACCCUGUGAAUGAGCCCCUGAAGCCAGUGACUCUGAAGGAAGCAGCUGAUAUUGUGGUCCACUAUCUGGACCCUUUUUACACCCAGGGAAGGUUUGCCACCAAGGAACUGUUCAAGUCUUUUGCUCGCUACUUGUCCCACCUUCUUGUAGAGGGAAGGGGUCAUGGAAAAGGCCAAGUUAAAGCAGAAGCCAAAGCUCUCAUCAAGAAAUUCUUCAGCCAAGUCCAGCGCUGUGAGAGUGAAGCAGACUGGAAGCACCUUAAAAGACGUAAAACCACAGGAAACAAGGAAUGAAGGGAAGGGAAGCCAUUUUAAAGGUCAGACCCUUCCUCUUUGUCAGGACCUAAGCUUCUCUUGUUCCAGUGACCUCAGACUUCAUCAGAGACACCAGCUGACCAGGUUUAUGGUUGAGUUCAGCUUUUUUCAGGCUGGUCACUGCUGCAGUAGCUUGUCAGUAGUUGAGCAAUAAAAUACAGACCGGUGCAGUCUGAGAGAGCAGAGGUAGCACUCUGUUUGCACAAUGAGUGUUCUUUAUGUUUCAGCCAUUUACUACAAGAUGUGUAUACCUCGCAUUUUUACUGGCCAAAGCAUGCGAUACGUUUUUACAGUGCUUUCCAAACAGGAAUAGCUCUUUUUUAAUUUCAUUAUAAUACAGAAAUUUGUGGUGCUGCACCGUACGUUUUCCUUAUCUGCAUUUAAACCUGCAAGAAAACAUGUAUCAAAUGGCUGCGAGUUGAUUUUCAUACUGAGAUUAAGUGAAAACAGAAGCUUCUUAAAGCAAACAGCAUUAAGAUCCAUCCAUGCUAGUGGCUGUACUUUGAGCUAAAUGCUGACAUCAGCGUGCUAAUAUGCUGAUGUUUAGGAAGUACACUGAUGACCACACUCACUGUGAUGAUCAAGAGACCACCAAAGUCAUUCGCAUUUAUCCUCUUGGGACCAUGAAAGUCUGAACCAAUGUGUUAAAUAGUUGUUGAUUCAUUGUGGAACAAAGCAGUGAACAUUUCCAUUGAGCCACUCCACUAGCAUGGCUACAAAUACCAUUUGGAAAUGGUUGACAAAAAUGUGAGGUAGACAUAACUUGAAGUAAACGGAGGAAAAGCACAAAAAAAACACCUGAACGUGUCUAAUAGCUCUUAUUAGAGCCUAGAGGUUCUUUUUUUUACUGCUGCUACAUAUUUUGUCUUUGGCUGUUGGACUGCAGGACAGAGAACAAAGUAAAUGGACAUAAAUGUAUGUAAAGGACACUAUCAGACUGUCUAGGUUGUACUUUUGGUUUCUUUAAACUAAACUUGGUUUUCCCAUAGGAGACUUUGUGCUGAAGGAUGUUUUUUGUUUGUUUUGUUUUGGGUUCUUUGGUUGUUUGUUUUUAAAAGAGCAACGCUGUUUCCAGUGAGGGAGAUGUUCCUUGGUUACAGUGCCUAGGGAAAGCCACUAAGAGUCUGAACAGCCAUAAUAUAUCUACAAGUUGUUCCUUCAUGUUUACAAUAAAGCCUACGCUUAGCAGAUGAACACA